CCGUAACUCCGACGUGAUACACACAGCCGAGACAAUUUGACGACCGCCAUGGCGGACGUCGGCGACGUCGGUGGUGUGCUGAAGGCAGACAAAUUGGACUUGGACUUACUCGAGAACGCACACAAGAAACUCAAGAAGCGGGAGUAUAUGCGGAACAUCAUGCGGUUCUAUCGAGAAGAAGUGCGGGACGAAAUGGCGUCCCUCAAGGCACAGGUCGCAGUCCUCCAGCAAGAGUAUACGAUUCGUACACGGGCUUCCAGGUCGGGCGCGCUUCCGUCCAAGCGACAUUUGCUGCUUCCGUGGAAGGAUGUAUCGUUGGCACUGCGAGACGAUCUCAACGCAUGCGAGAACGAGCGUGACGUCCUGCGCGAGCGAGUUGUCGCGCUGGCACAUCUCCUCCGCACCACGACGCGCUGGGUGUCCAUCAAUCUCACGUCGAUGCAUGCCAACACACCUACGUGGCGAAACGUGACGUUGGACGGCACACCCGCUUCCCGCGAUCUCGGCAAAGCGUGGAUCACUCAGCAAAUGUACCACAACACAGAUCGGAUGUUCGGUCAGUACGCGUACCCGCCGCUAUCGUCGACGCAAGAGUUCUACGAUAUCGACGUCGAGGCCACGGAAAUGUGCUUCCAGUACCAUCACCGACGACAGUACGUCGUCGACGUGCCGAUGGAUUUUGUGUUGAAGGCGUACAAGAGCCACCUCUGCUCCGUCCUCAUGCUGGACUGGUAUGGAUACCAAGCCAACACGACUCUGAAAGAGACCAGCGGCAACACGACGCUCCACCAACUUCGCGCGGACGACAAUGAGUGGAUGAACUUGGUCACGGGCGAAUUCCAUGACGAUGACGACCGGUGUGUGUUUGUGAUUCAACAGAUCCAGGACGACGCGACCGCACCGACGACGCAGCGCCAACGGAAUCGCAUGAUUUGGCUCGACAUGCGCCCCGUGGACGGGGGCAAGACCCAAAUUCGCGUGCUCUACCGGUUCGCUCAGUACUUCGACUCGAACGGGUACGUGAGUCUGGACGACGAAGCGAGGAGCUGGGGGUGCGACCUCGAUGGCGUUCCCGAAGACAAGAAGGAGAUUACGUUUUACAACUACUCCACGGCUCUUCUCGUCCAGAUCAACGCGAACCAUCAAAGCCGCAUCAACGCGCAUCUGACCAGGAUGAUGCUGCACGCGCCGCCAUAACACGGACGCGGAAGCAAAUCGAGUCUUGGAACUGAUUGACAAUAUUGGUUGGCAACCUAGUGGCCACGUCCGCUCCCGAUGCAGUGCAUGCCGCCUGUGCUGAGUGUAGGAAAGAGUUGGAUCGAAAGCUGGCGCUGUGCAACUUAACGAGCUCUGGUCCGUCCCUACUCCGCCGGGCUGCGGCCGAGAUCGGGACAGUGACCGCUCCUGCUAACAUUACAAUCCAUUCCUUGGCCGUGACUGGUUUGGGGCAACGUUGUGCGAGUCCUCUACCACACGCGUGACCAAUCGGUACAAAUUUAUCCA